AUGCCUACAACGAGCAGUCGCCGUUGGUUGAGAGUAGCAGCGUGUCUCACAUGGCUGUGGCUGCCGUCGUUGGCGCGAGCUAGUACCACUCUGCAGUGCGAUGAAUUUCCCUGUGGCAAUCGACGAGUUCAAAUGUGCCAUUUCAAUGGGAGAGAGUUCAUGACACUCUGCAUCCGCCAAAAUAGCGUGCUGCGCAAACCCGACAAUCAUCACACGACAGAACAAGACUACUGUGGUCCCUGUACCCAUCGCAAGGCAUUUGAAACGACAGACGAAUUACGACAAGCCGUGAAACAGUACUCGUCCCACACGCAUUACAAUGUCGACCUGGCAUCGACCUACGGAUGGCCUAUGUCGCAGUGGAAUGUGUCGCUAUUGGACGACUUUUCGCAAGUCUUUUCCAACCACCCGUUGGCCGCGGACGAAGAUUUGAGUGGUUGGGAUGUCUCUCGAGCCACUAGCAUGGCACUAAUGUUCUGGCAGUGUCCCCAUUGGGAAGGACGUGGCCUGGAACAGUGGAAUACGGCAAACGUUCAAACGAUGGAACGCAUGUUCUUUGGGGCGCAAAAGUUCAAUGCCAACUUGAAUCAAUGGAAUACAGCUCGGGUGACCAACAUGAUGGGACUGUUUUGGAAAGCUACCGCUUACAAUCAACCCUUGAAUCAAUGGGAUACCACACAAGUGGUGGAUGUCAGUCGCAUGUUUGCCGAUGCUCAUGCCUUUGAUCAGGAUCUAUCGUCAUGGAACACACAGCAAUUCCGGGAUACCUCUUAUAUGUUUCUCCAUGCCACAUCCUUUUCCAAGGACCUGAGUUCGUGGAAGCUCGAUAACAUUGCUCAGAUGGAACGCAUGUUUCACAAAGUUCCAGCUUUUCAGGUUGGUACGGUCCGACAAGACACCUUGUGGAAAUCCUGGACGCAACAAUGGGCACGGCAGGGACGAUCCUUGGACACGAUCAACACACAAGAGAUCUUUAAUCCCAAGCAGCAUCAUCAUCAGGUCACCGAAGUUGUCACGGCAGCGACACCAUCCUCCAGUACCGCUUCAUACAUGAGAGGCAACGCUGCCCUCUUGCGCCCAAUCCGCAUUCACAAGAGUCGUAAUGGCAUCCAGAAUGACACAGGGGCAGUCGAGGUUAACGUCAUGGAACAGGAAGCGUCUGCUGCCAACAAUGCUACAUCGAAGGAUGCACUCCAAGCCAAAUGUGUUGCAGGUAUUUGCACCAACAAAUGA